CACACACUAAAGGCGGUGUGUACAUAGGAAGUGUUCUAAGCAGGUCUUGUGAUACUUCAUUCUGUUCCUGUUUUUUAAAAGCAUUUAAAUCAGGUUUGCAAAGACAGUUUCAGCUCACCUGCUGCAGGGAAGGGAGACACCAACGCUGGGAACAGGUAUAAUCUGCUAAAUAUUUUGCAGUAUUAAUGUAGUUCCUUUUUAUUCUAUUAGAUUAGUAUUCCUUGCCUGUUUUAUGUAGAUUUUAGAUGUGUAAUGAAGCUAAUUUAGAUUUUGCAAAAGUAGGUAUGGCUCCCGUUUCUGUCAGUGUGUUGUAUUUUAUAAUCUAAAAUAAAAGGGUAAACUAAGCCACCCAAAAAAUAGCAGUUUGAGUUUUUCAAUUUAUUCUUUUAGCUUGUUUUGGCAUUUUGUCCCCAAGUAUUCAUGGGGAAAAAAAUAAAAGUAAACCUAAAAAUAAGUUAAUAAAUUAUUAGAAUACUGUACUCCAAAAUAAACUGUUGCCAAACUUUUCAUUAUCAAUAGGAGAAAGGUAAUGAAUAACAAGGAGUAAUAGCGUUUUGGUUAACAUUCACAUGGUUUUAUUGUUGGUACGCUGGAUCGUAUAAGCAUAUAAUAAACUGGCAUUUAAGUCAUUAUACGAAGUGCUAAAAUACAAUGUUGAGCAGCAUAUCCCUUAUUAAAGGGACAUUCUCACCAACAGUGAAAAGGGACCCUACUUGCACCUUAACCUAUUCAUCUCAAUGAAGCCAAAAGGUCCCUGGUGCCCUCUUGCCUUCAGAGGUUUAACAGUUAAUGAACGAUUUAAAAGGGAACUAUAGCCACCCAGACCACUUCAUCUCAUUGGAGUGGUCUGGGUGUAGUGUCCUUUUUAUUUGAACCCUGUCUACCAGACCGCCACUAGAGGCGAUUCCUGCAGUUUCAUGGAAUUUGACUCCGUGAAACGACGCUGGACUAUCUCACAUUUUGCAUAAGGACUCCUAGCGUCUUUUAAUCCCCUGUAGGAAAGCCUAAUGUGCAUGUGCAUUAGGUCCCAUCGCUUAAGUCAGAGGAGGCCAAUCAGGUAAGUGUUAAAAGGUUUUUUUUAACCCAUUAUUUGCUGCUUCGGAAGGGACCGAGAGACACUAUAAUGUUAAGAAUACAAACCUGAAUUCCUAACAAUCUAGUCAGUGGCAUAUUUAGCCCAAGGCAAACUAGGCAUUUGCCUUGGGCGGCACUAACAAGGGGGCAGCAAAAUUUGCCGCUCCCAAACACCCACUUGGGUGUCCUCGGUAGUCUCCCUGUCAUGGGGGACCCAGGGCAGGCCUGCUGGCCACCUUAAUGGACCCCCCCCCCGACAUACGCCGGUAUUGACAUCCGAGGGAGCUGUCAUCUCUCCGCUCUGCUUUCUCACGUGCCAUUUGCUGAUGCCACAGGAGCCGGAAUAUGACGUCAUAUUCCGGCUCCUGGUUUCAGUAGAUGGACCGCGAGGGAGCAGAGCGGGGAGAUGACAGCUCCCUCGCCACCUCUAAUGAAAAUACUGCAGCCCCACUGGACCCCCAACGACCCUGGGUAAAAAAAUUGUAUUAUAAUAAUAAUAAUAAUAAUAAUAAUAAUAAUUAGUAAGUGUGUGUAUGAGUGUAUCUGUCAGUGUAUGUGAGUGUCUGUGAGUGUGUAUAUGAGUUUCUGUCUGUGAGUAUAUGUGUGUGCAUAUGAGUGUCUGAGUGUGUCUGUCAAAUCAGCGAGAGUCUGUUUGUCAUGUAGUCUGUGUUUGACUAUCAGUGUGUCUGUCAGUGAGUAUAUGUGUGUACAAAUUAAAACAGGUAGGCACACUCAAACGUGUUGAUAAGAAACAGAAAAUAGCCAAGCAACAAUGGACCUUCUAGUCAUGGGUGCUCACUCGUAUAAGGCCAUAUUCAUAAAGGCCAAAAAAGUUACAUCUAUUGCUUAACCAAGGGGCACAACCACAAAUGUAUAUGAAAAGAUUUUUAUUAAUUGGGUCACAGUAAUAGGCUAUCUCAUUAACUGUAUCAAUGAAUGAAAAAGACGUACAAUGUAACACCUACAAGUUCUACAGUAACCUAUAGGCAGUCUACACAAUGCAUAAAUCACUGAAUACAAGUAUUCAAAAGUAGCUGUAUGAGAUACCAAAAAAUAUUGUAAACCCAAAAACAAUUAUAAAUAAAAAGAAAAGCAUACCAGACCUAGUGAGAAGGACAAGAGUCAACCAACAAGCCCCCAACGUUUUGGCAAAAUGCCUUUAUCAAGGGAGCCUGAUAAAGGCAUUUUGCCAAAACAUUGGGGGCUCAUUGGUUCACUCUUGUCCUACUUCUCACUAGGUCUGGUAUGCUUUUCUUUUUAUUUAUAAUUGUUUUUGGGUUUACAAUAUAUUUAUAAUAUAUUAUGUUUAUAAUAUAUACCUUGGGCUCCACAUAUGUUCUACUCUUAUAGGAUGGUCCUAAAUGACACAAGUGUGUGUGUGUGGGUUUCAUCCACACUUUUUUCCCCACCCCAACUCUGUUGGUAUGUACUUUAUAAGUAACGCCAAGCCUCCAUAGCAAGUCAGUAACCAACCUCAUUCUGAUGAGUUGCAUUAACAACGAAACAGCUGUCCGUGAGUGGUUCACUGGCUUUGCUCCUCUUCCUGAGUUGUGUUUCAAAGCUGUUGUAUGCAGCAGACACAUACUCCAAGGAAUCCAUGUAUAAAGUGGAAUUAUGAGGCAAAAAUGUGAUUCUUUGUUGAGCUCAUUUGGAUACGCCUACCCAGAAUCCCUUGCAGUAGUGUAAGCACUGUUAAAGUGAGAUUUCUGUGGGAAAAGCAAGUCUUAUGGCUUGACUGGUGUGUAUAUUUGUGUUUAGCAGUGAAUGUAUAAAGAAAUAAAAAUAAAUAAAUAAUUAUGUAUGUAUGUAUGUAUGUAUGUAUGUAUGUAUGUGAGAGAGAAUGUGUAAUCAUAAUUAGAGCCAUGAAUAAAAGAAUGCAUGUAAUGGCAGAUCCCUUACUUUCUCUUUCUACACUUCUAUAAUAAAAAUACUCUUCAUUAAAAACCAGAACUACACAAUCAUGUGACCAAGGUGCUUUCCCCCAUCUGGAGACAAAGCCUCACGAGACAUGUUUGUUUACUUGUUCAAUGCAGAGUUGAUGGACUGUUGCAUUUGAAACUACCUGUGAGUCACCUGUAAAGGAUCAAAAAGCAAGUAAAUCCGGCUUCUUAGAUAAUUUGUUUUUGUCAGUAUAUUGUGAGUAAAGGAUUCCACUCUCUGUGGUCAGUCAGGAAAGAUUUUGGAACCUAAUUCUCUGCAGGUAUAGCAUUUUAUACAACACAUGUGUUGGGUUAAAAUCCCCUUUUCAAAAGAUGUCCCACUUAUAUUUUGACUUUGAAAAGGAGAAAAAAAAAAAGAAAUGUGAACAAUAUAGACCCCCAUGUGUCUGUAAAAUAGAGCCAGGACUCCUCACUAUUGACUGAAAAGGCAAAUCUGGGAAACAGUGGGUGUACCCAGAAUAAAACAGUUUGCUGCCCAUAAGCUCCAGCUCUGUUUAAUCAUGGCUAUUUCACAUAUUCCAUAAAGUGUUCAUAAUGUGUACUCUGUUUUAAAGGGACUCUAUAGUCACCAGAACAACUACAGCUUAAUGUAGUUGUUCUGGUAAGUAUAAUAGCUCCCUUCAGGCAUGUUUUUUUUUUUUUUUAUGUAAACACUUUUUUUCUUUUUAGAGAAAAGGCAGUGUUUACAUUGCCCCUAGGGACACCUCCAGAUGGCCACUAGAGGGGCUUUCUGGCUCAGGGCUGCACAGUAGGCAGCUCUGACAUUCAGCGUCCCCACGCUCUGCAUGUAGACGCUGAAUUUUCCACAUGGAGAUGCAUUGAUUCAAUAAAUGGAGGGUUAAACACUAUAGGAUCCGGAAUACAUGUUUGUGUUCCUUUAACCCUUAAGGACCAAACUUCUGGAAUAAAAGGGACUCAUGACCUGUCACACAUGUCAUGUGUCCUUAAGGGGUUAAGCUUCCAGGUCACCUGUCCGUAAUUAGCAGUGAAUGCACAUUACGCUGGUUUGCUGCUAACACUGAUUGUGAAGGACCGCCUGGCACCCCGACUGGGUACCUCCUUCAAUCGAUGCUCCAAGCACUCCACCAGACAACAUAAGCACUGUAGACCCCACGAACCACCGCAGCUUGGUUGGGGUCUCGCAGUCCUCCACCGACCCUGGACUCAAGACCAGGAUCCAGCUCCCAGUGGGUAAACCUCUCCUACUCCAGAGAGCGUAGCAGGAACAUCUCUUAGAAGAGCUAGUGAUUAUACUCUGGAGAGAAUAGUGAUUAAAGCAAUCCCCAGAGUGUAGUCCUCCAAUCCCCAAAACAUGAGCCAAGACUUCAUGAAGGGGUAAAGCAUCUUGUUUAAUGGGAGCCACAGCUGGCCUUUUAUGCAAGUCCUCAUGCAAGAGAAAACCCACGUGGACCUUGUGGGGAACAGGAUGACAACUGUUACAAGCCAAUAAUAAUGCUGUACAGUAGGUGACACUCCCACACACAGUACACAAUCCCUCCCCUCUGCCUGUGAUAUAAUUAAGGUAGAUAAUGCUUUAACUUAAUUAUUCCCAGGCAGAAAAACCACACUUUUUUUUUUUUAACAAAGCCCAAAAUACAACACAUCCCCUGAUAGCCCUGAUCUGGGUGAACAACAUAUCCAAAAAUCACCCAGAUCAGAGAAGGGGUUCAGGAAAUUCCUGGAAGUCUCUUCUUGACCGACUGCAGCAUGGUUUCAUGCCCAGAACAGUUCCAGAGAAUAAGGCUGUGCGGCCAGUCUAUUUUAAACAAUCGAAGUACUGUUCGAAUUACCGAACGGAAUGGUGAAUGAGUAUAGUCAAUGUGUGUCCCUUGUUCAUGGGCUUCAACUAACCGAACGCCGUUUGAAUUGUCGGUUUCCUGGAAGGUAACUUUCCAGCGGUGUUCGUGCCGUUGCAUGUCCGAUUUGAGUUCCAUUAACUCGACUGCAAAACACUGCUGAACAUGUUCGACUAAAUAAGAUCGCCGCCGCCAUGUGCUCGAAUGUCAAAUGGCGGCCACUUCGGCACUUCGACUACUUUGAAAGUUUGAAGAGCCAUUGUUCACAGUCCCAAUAGGCACAGUUAGGGUCUCUCAGCCAAAAUAAAUUAAAGGGGCCACAGUCACAGGGUAGGAGGCUGGCAAACAGACUCCUCCAAAAACCAGUGGCGAGGUUACUUUCGCCACACUGAUCAACACAGAUCUCUUGCUGCUCGUGCUGUAGUAGCAUAAUUUUGUCAAGGGAGCAGUGAUGACCAGUACUAAGCGCCACAGCGCUGUUCUUCAGUUCACAUUCCACAUUAAAGGAACACUCAAAGAACCAUAAUUACUACCGCUCACUGCAGUGGUUAUUGUGCCAGGAGUGCCCUGUCACCACCCCCACAAACCCUCACCCAUUGUAAGGAGCCAGACCAUUUUUAAUAGCUUCUCCCUACCUCCAUUACAAAUGCAGUUACGACUGUUCAGGGCUUAAUUUAAGAGAGUAAAUUGAACUUGCUGGUUAUGAAUUUCCACUCAUUGGUAGCGGAGGAAGGGACGGUCACCAAGUAAGAAGUCUAGCCAUUCUAAAUGGUUUUACUUUUUUUAAAUGUGGGUUCAGGGCAGGAGACUCUAUGCACCACUCUUGACUCUAUAGUGAACUCUCUUGUUUUGUAGUAUUCUUUUAACACCAGGAACGAGGCCUCAAACCCUUUCCCGACCUCGGACAUAAUAGGUACGUCUGACAAAAGGACGUUAAUGACCGUGGACGCACCUGGUACGUCCGGCCGGCGAUUGCGAUGUGGGGACUAGGCCGUGUGUGUGUGUGUGUGUGUGUGUGUGUAAUCUCUCUCUAUAUAUAGUGUGUGUGUGUGUGUGUGUGUAUAUAUAUAUGUGUAUAUAUAUAUGUGUGUAUAUAUAUAUAUAUAUAUAUAUAUAUAUAUAUAUAUAUAUAUAUAUUAGGGAUCGACCGAUAUUGAUUUUUCAGAGCCGAUACCGAUACCGAUACCGAUAUUCUGUGAACUUUCAGGCCGAUAGCCGAUAUAAUUUGCCGAUAUUCUGUACAUUUACCAAAAUAAAAACUAUUUCUAAAGGUAAAUGCACAAAAUAUACAUGCCACGUGUAGUGGAUGCAGUGUGACAGGGGAGCUGUGUGUGUUUGUGUAGUGGAUGCAGUGUGUGUUUGUGUAGUGUGUGUGUUAUGGAUGCAUUGUGUGUGUGUAGUGUGUGUGGAGGAUGCAAUGUGUGUUUGUGUAGUGGAUGCAGUGUGUAUUUGUCUAGUGUGUGUAGUGGAUGCAGUGUGUAUUAGUGUAGUGUGUAUAUAAUGAAAGCAGAGUGUUUGUGUAGUGUGUGGGUAGUGUGUGUAAAGUGAAUGCUGUAUAUACUAAAUGCAAAGUGUGUGUGUAUAUAAUGAAUGCAGACUGUGUGUGUAUUUGUGUAGUGUGUGUAUAGUGAAUGUAGUGUGUUUAUAUAAUGCAGAGUGUGUGUGUUUGUAUAGUGUGUGUAUAUAAUGCAGUGUGUUUGUGUAGUGUGCAUUAUAUAAACACACUACACAAACACACUGCAUUAUACUACACACACACUGCAUUAAACACACUACACAAACACACACACACACUGCAUUAUAUAAACACACUACACAAACACACACACUGCAUUAUAUACACACUACACAAACACACACUGCACAAACACACUACAUAAACACACACCGAAUUAUAUAAACACACUACAUAAACACACACCGAAUUAUAUAAACACACUACACAAACACACUGCAUUAUAUACACACACUACACAAACACACACUGCAUUAUAUACACACACUACACAAACACACACUGCAUUAUAUACACACACUACACAAACACACUGCAUUAUAUACACACACUACACAAACACACACUGCAUUAUAUACACAGUGUGUUUGUGUAGUGUAUGUGUAUAUAAUGCAGUGUGUGAGGGGGCAUUUUUUAUUAAAUUAUAAAAAAAAAAAUUAUAUUUACUUUAUUAUUUAUUUUUGUUGUCCCCCCUCCCUGCUUGUUACCUGGCCAGGGAGGGGGGAUAUGACAGUCCCUGGUGGUCCAGUGGCAUUGGCUGAGCUGGGGGGGGGGGGCGGAGAGCAAGCGCUUACUCACCUCCCAGCAGCUCCUCCAGCUCCCCAGUGCAACUCUCGCGGCCAGCGUGUCGCGCGGAGCGUUGCCAUGGUGAUCCAUGGCAACGCUCUGACGGCCGCGGGUCUCGCGAGAGUUGCACUGGGGAGCUGGAGGAGCUGCUGGGAGGUGAGUAAGCGCUUGCUCUCCGCCCCCCCCCAGGACCGCCGGGCUUGUAAUGAGCCUGGCAGUCCUAGGAGGUAUUAUCGGCAAUAUCGGUAUCUGAAUUGGCCGAUACCGAUAUUGCCGAGAAUACAGAAUAUCGGCCGAUUAUAUCGGUAAAACCGAUAAUCGGUCGAUCCCUAAUAUAUAUAUAUAUAUAUAUAUAUAUAUAUAUAUAUAUAUAUAUAUAUAUAUAUAUAUAUAUAUAUAUAUAUAUAUAUAUAUAUAUGUGUGUAUGUAUAUAUGUGUGUGUGUGUGUGUAAUCUCUCUCUAUAUAUAGUGUGUGUGUAUGUAUGUAUGUGUGUAUAUAUAUAUAUAUAUAUAUAUAUAUAUAUAUAUAUAUAUAUAUAUAUUCUCUCUAUCUUUUAUAUACCGUAUAUACUCGAGUAUAAGUCGAACGAAUAUAAGCUGAGGCCCCUAAUUUUACCUAAAAAAACUUGGAAAACUUAUUGACUUGAGAAUAAGCCUAGGGUGGGAAUUGCAGCAGCUACUGGUAAAUUUCUAAAUAAAAUUAGUUCCCAAUAAAAUUACAUUAAUUGAAUAUUUAUUUACAGUGUGUGUAUUUAAUGAAUACAGAGUUUGUGUGAAUGCAGUGGGUGCAUUAUAUACACACUGCAUUCAUACAAACACACACUCUGCAUUAUAUACACACACACCCUGUGUGUAUAUGAUGCAGAGUGUGUGUUUGUGUAGUGUGUGUGUGUGUAAACUGGGUGGUGGGAGGGCAUUCAUAUUAUUUUUAAUAUUUUUUUUAUUUUAAUAUAAUUAAUUACUUUCAUAUUUUUUUUUAAAUAUUGUUUAAUGUUUUUUUGGCCCCUCUCCCUGCUUGUUACCUGGUCAGGGAGGGGGGCUGUCUCAUUCCCUGGUGGUCCAGUGGCAUGGGCUGAGAGGGGUUGGGUGGGGGAGAGAGGGCUGGCAGCAAGCUGUUACUUACCUUUUCCUGCAGCUCCUGUCAGCUCCCUUCACCUCCGUUCCCUUCCGCUCACUGUCAGCUCCGGUCUGCUCCCUUCACUUCCGCUCCGUUCAGCUCACUGUCUAAAUCUCGCGAUCUGCGUGCCACGCGGAGGGUUGCCACGGUAACCCCUUGGCAACUGACGGCCGCGGGUCUCGCGAGAUUUAGACAGUGAGCUUAUACUCAAGUAUAUACGGUAAGUAGGUCAUUUUAUUAAUUAUUAUUUGAGGGACCUGCCUGACCACCCAGGCUGAAAGUUCAGAGAAGGUGCUAGCACUAUAUUUAACCAUGUAACUUUCCAUGACACCCUAAAACCUGUACAUGGGGGUGUACUGUUUUACUCGGCUCUGCUGAACACAAAUAUUAGUGUUUCAAAUCCAUGAAACACAUCACAGCGAUGAUAUUUUCUUGAAAAUUGAAUUUGUUUUCAGUGACUCUUGCUAGCUAUUUUUCCAAGUGAUAAAAGGCUACUGUGCAAUAGCAGUGGUGUCCUAUUAAAUAAAUUAAUAAUAAUAUUUUUAAGUCAUAGAGUUGUGUAUAGCUGGGAUUUUGUCCUAAUAGACAAAAUUCCUAUAUUCUGAAUCAGACAUAAAACUUAAAGACUGGAUUUGUAUGUUCUGACUGUGUAUACUCAUCUCAUAGACCUGAGUGAAAAUGCACAAACAAACCCUCACAAAACUGGAUUGUGUAGUAAUAUAUUAGACCUGAAACAUUGCAGUAAAACGAAAAAAUAUACACAAUGUGACAAUCACAACUGCAAAACAGUGGAUAUAAUGAAACAACAUAUAAAAAAACUUCCCUCAACAAAUAAGGAUGUGCCAUCACGAUUUCCUCUGGUCUUCAAAUAAUAUAGAUAUAAGGAAAUUCUGCUAGAAAAACAGAACAAAAAAACACAACAUAGUAUAUAACAAUGUGGUUGUGUGUGUGUGUGUGUGUGUGUGUGUGGUUUGUUUUUUUAAUAUUUUUUUUUUAGUAGAAUUUCCCUUGAAUCUAAUGUAUUGGUAAAAAAAUUAAAAUAAACCAAACAAGCUGGAGCAGAAUCAAAGAAAUCGGUCAAAGUAAGCACAAAAUCGGCAGAAGUUUUACAAAACAUUCCCAUACGGGCUGAACACAGUACUUCUUGAACUCUUUCAUUAAUAAAUGGAUUUUAUUUUCUUCUGCAGUUUGAAAAGAUACGCCUUCAUAAAAAAUAAUGCAUCUUCUAAGCUUUGGCCUCCUCCUGGCCUUGUAUAUGUUAAGCACUGCCUUGGACAAUGGCUUAGUGAAGACACCGCCAAUGGGCUGGAUGACAUGGGAGCGAUACAGAUGCAACAUAGACUGCAAAAAUGAUCCCGAUAACUGUAUCAGGUAAAUUUUAUGUGUGAAGUAUAUAUUUUUUUUUAUAAUGAGUUAAAGGAACAUUCUGGGUACCAGAACAACUUUGUCAGACUUAAAUUAUGAUGCCAAGAGGUAUCUGGUACCAGCUUACCUUUAGGGGUUAAACUGAUGACGAACUACUUAACCACAAAUGAAUGAAUCCAGCAAACAUACAGUUCUCAAGCCAUUUUGGGAAUGGGAAGCGAAUGAUUGACCCCUUCUUGAUUCAAGACCAAAUCAAAUGCGGAAGGACAGGGUCAGAGUUUAAAGGUGCUGGAUUCAAGACUUUGGAGUUAAACGUCUAACUGUAAUUCCUAAACGUUUGAGGCAUCAUAAUAACUUCAUUCAGUUGAUGUUUGUAGUGGAGCCCCUAUAUCCCGACUGAAUAUAUCCGCUAGAAUUUCCUCUCCGCUAGAAGAAAAGCAAUUCAGUGAUUACAACCCCUUUCCCCAUAUAUCAGACGACACAUAAUGUUGGGAAGAAUAACUGGUUUUAUUCAGCAUAGUGCAGCCAUUUAUUCAGAUCCCCAGCAUGUCAUAUGCUGGCCAUUUAAUGGGGUCUCUGGUAGGUAGAGGAAAAGGGACUCCCACUGGCUCACAGGUAACAAUUGUUCCCUUUGAUGGAAUGUAACUCCAUUCCAAAAAGUGCUCUCAUAGGGCGUUGGGAAAGGGGUGAGAACCAUGAAGUAAUAUGACCGGGCUCUCGGUGACAGUCUGUGGACAGGGCAGAGAGAGGCACUUGCUGGAACCACAUGGAGAGGAGGGGGAACGGAGACCCAGGGAAAUGUUUUGGUAGUAUCCGUUAUUGUAAUGGUGCCCAUUGUUCCUUUAACUAAAACUUGCCCAUUCAUAAUUGUUAAAUAUAAAGUCAAAUCAAAUCUGUCUAACAAUAUUGGGAAAUAUUUCCUUUAAUACAAAACAAUGUGCAGCAAACUACUAAUGCUCUGACAAUUAUUCAGAUCUCCAGAAUAAUCCCUAGAUCUCCUGAGUCCACAUAUUCGAUACUCACUGUGGCGAUGUUCUAUUUCAGAAUUUUUCUUUUAUUCUCUUCUAUUUAGUGUAUGCUAUUUCUCUUAACCCCUGUAGUUGCCACAACACAUACAUCUUCUGUAUAACCUUUGUAUUCAGUUGCAGAAGGUCAGUAUAACUUUGUUAUGCAUAUCUUAUUUUUAUUUUAUUUUUUUUCUACACUUGGCAAGUUAGACUAGGCAGUGGAACUUAAAGCAAACUUCACCCUUUGUCAGCUGGGCAAAGGAAGUGGACCUUUUUGUCAUAAUUGUCAGGUGUAGGAAAAAUACGUAAGACAAAACAGUCCCUACUUUGCCUUAUGUUUCUAAGAGAAACACCUCAGAAAUGAAGGGGGGGGGGGGAGAACAGAUUCUGAAAGAGUAAGAGAAGAAACAAUAGAAGAAUAGUAAGUCUGAGGUGAAAUGCUUUAAAGGAACACUGUUAAAACCACCAUUUUUGGUGGCUUGGCCCCCUCCCCCCCCCCUUACCUCCUAAAAAGUAAUACAACUUAACUCAUUACCAGCAUGGCGCUGGUUUGCCGGUGCUGGCCCCACCCCCAAUCCACCUCCUUGACUUACCUCAUCAGAACUGAUGAUCUCAGCCAAAUGCCGGUUUGGCUAAUCGGCAUCUUCUCAUAGAGAUGCAUUGAAUCAAUGCAUCUCUAUGUUGACAGUUUAGCAUCUCCAUGUAGAGCGUGGAGAUGCUGAACUUUAGUGCUGCAUGGGGUCUCAAUCAGAGGAGUGGCCACUGUAGGUGUAACUAGAGAGCAAUGUAAACACUCUUUUCUCUGAAAAGGCAGUGUUUAAAGCAAAAGGGCUGCAGGGACUUGCUCUACUCACCAGAACAACUACAUUAAGCUGUAGUUGUUCUGGUGACUAUGUAGUCCCUUUAAGGUAUUUACUUAUUUCUUGCGAAGGCCCUUUUAAUAAAACAGGAUGGGAGCCCCCAUUGAGACAAUGAGGCUGUCUUUCACUCUGUAUGAGAGUACUAUAGUUUCCAUGAAUUUUCUCUUAUGAAAGCAAUGGCUAAUGCUUAAAGGACCACUCUAGGCACCCAGACCACUUCAGCUUAAUGAAGUGGUCUGGGUGCCAGGUCCUUCUAGGGUUAACCCAUUUUUUCAUAAUUAUAGCAGUUUCAUAGAAACUGCUAUAAUUAUGAAUGGGUUAAGCCUUCCCCCUAAUCCUCUAGUGGCUGUCUCAUUGACAGCCACUAGAGGCGCUUGCGUGCUUCUCACUGUGAUUUUCACAGUGAGAGCACCCAGCGUCCAUAGGAAAGCAUUAUGAAUGCAUUCCUAUGAGACCGGCUGAAUCCGCCGCGCAACGCGCGUCGCGCAUUCAGCCGGGCGGGGAACGAGGCGGAGGAGGAGGAGAGCUCUCGCCCAAGCUGGAAAAGGUAAGUUUUACCCCUUUCCCCUUUCCAGAGCCGGGCGGGAGGGGGUCCCUGAGGGUGGGGGCACCCUCAGGGCACUAUAGUGCCAGGAAAACGAGUAUGUUUUCCUGGCACUAUAGUGGUCCUUUAACUAUGAGAAGAUUCUAAUUUGCGCAAUUGCUGCUGGAGAGGUUACAUCAAAGAAGGUCAUUAUUCGGAAUUUGGUCAUCAUUUAGAUAAGGUUGUGAAGAUGCAUUUUAAUGACACUUUAUAUAUUGGUUUAAUUAUAAACAUAUCACAUACAGAUAUAUGAUUUGCCGUGUGUGUAAAUAAAACCACACAUGCAGAUCAGAACCAUCCCAGGUCAAAGCACAAAAAGGCACUGAGAAUAUGGAUUGCCGUGGUUUUUUUUUUGUUUGUUUCUUUAAUAAAACUACAAAAAAAUUACACAUUUACAUGUUGUCAAGGGAAGCUAGCAUAGUGUUAUCUGAACGAAAAGGAAAAAACAAACAAAAGUUUAAUAAGCUAAUAUUGUGCCAGGAAUGAAACCAUAUAAUGGUGUGGACCAUUGAUGCAGAUGGCAGGUAGGCAGUAGGCCAUCUCGAGCAUCAUACCACUCGAUGUUGACCUAGUAAAAAAUGAACCUCACUACAUGAGUUUGUACUCCACAACAGUUGUAAUGAAAGAUUGGCCAUUACUGAUUCUUAUUAUGGUAAAUGAAAAAAAUGGGUAAUCUUGUAAUGAAUUUUAGUAGAAGUAAAAUAAUACUGUAAAAUUUCUUUUUUUUUUUUCUGCUUUAGUGAAAACUUAAUCAAAGCUAUGGCUGACAAGAUGGCCAAUGGAGGCUGGCGGGAGCUUGGAUAUGUCUAUCUGUCUAUUGAUGAUUGCUGGGCUAAGAAGCAAAGAGAUUCUAAUGGGAAACUCGAGCCUGAUCCAGACAGGUUUCCCAGUGGUAUAAAAGCCCUUGCAGAUUAUGUGAGUAUACAAAAAUAUUUUCACAUGCGAAACAGAAGUUAAGUACUUUGCAUGUGAAAGAAAAAUAUGUAUUGCAUCUGGAAUAAUUUAACCAAGUCUUAUUCCCUACUCCUUCAAUAACUAGAUAUGGUGUUUUUUUUUUUAGCAAAUAUUCCCUUUAAUAUUCCCUUCUGAUCAGAAGUUAAACUUGUAAACAAAAUAAUUUGGCAUCUCCUCACUGACCACCUGUGUUUCAUGCCUGAAUUAAACUAUAGAGCAAUUCUUUGUGGAAGAUUCUGCCAGAAUUAUGGAGUUGGCAAAUCAUAUAGUCUGUUAAUCUGUCUGCCCUCUGUUGCACAAUAAAAAGAGUAUUCCUUUUGGCAAUAGACAACAAUGGAAGUGCAUUAAAGUGCAAGUGAAUCAUUAAAAGUUCUUUUGAAGAAACAAACAUAUGCCAAUUUAAGCUAUGGUGGCAGGAAUGUCUGGCAUCUUCUUACCUUCAUGAGGGAUUAAUUUGUUUGGCAAUGUUUAAACCCCAAAGUUGGGGCUCCGAUGUCCAGAGCUUCUUCCUCCUAGCUGACCUUCUUCUCUGCAGUGCAACAUGAGGAAGGCCUAGCCGCGCAGCCACUGAUAGGCUGAAAGUGUCCCAGCCCCAUCGUCUGGGUUAAUAUAUAGAAAAAUUGUGUAACCCUUUAAAUGUAAGAAGAUGCUUACACACACCUGCCCCAUAACAACUUGAAUGAGCUCAAGUUGUUCUGGAGGUGGGACUGUUCCAGCAGGAGCUGCAGUUCCACUCAUCACAUUGAAAGUCAUAUCAUAUCUGCCUGUUCUGAGCCCAGGUCAGUUUUGUAAAUAAGGCUGUGUAAUGAUCUCCACAGCCAUUGGCCACACUUGCGGAGAGCGAUGCCUUUUCCAAGUUCUGCUUGCAGGUUGGAUAGCUGGCAAAGGAUAAAGUAAUAUUCCCUGCUUAUUUAGCUGUGGAAGUUAUGAGUAUGUUGUAUUCUGGAAACAUUUUUGUUGCACUUUUGUGUUGUUCUUGUUCAUUUUCAGUUCCAUGUUCUGGGCUAUUUUCAAUUGAGGAAUCUCAAAUGUAGAACUAAAAAAGAAACAACCACAGGUUGGCAGACAGUCCCAUCAAUUCUAGAGUGUGUGUGUGUAUGUGUGUGUGUGUGUGUGUGUGUGUGUAUAUGUAUAAUAUUCUCUCUCCAGUGGCCACGGGAUGCAGGGGAGGGGUGAGUUUUACUGACCUUUUGGCUGUCGCAAUCUUCCUGAUGAAUGUCCUCUUCGGUGCUUCAGUUGUCAGGAACUGCAUCAGUGCUGUACAUUCACGCAUGCCUUGAGAGUACAACACUGAAUUCUAUGGAGAAUUUCACAUAAUUGUGGGAUCCUCCAUAGACCAAGCCUGAAUCCCACCACCGCAGUCAUUUGUGACCGCUGCUUGGAUUGGCCACAAGUUGUCUUAUGGUAUUUCUGGAUUGUGUUGGAAUUUCAGUGAAAUUCUAAAGCAGUUUUAUUUUUAUUUUUUUAUAAAGAUUAUAUCUUUGUGAUAUACUAAAAAGUGAUAGAUCUACUCUAAGAAAAUUGUGUGUAGUUACAUAUGUUGGUUUUCUUGACCCUUCAAUAUUGGUCACCAUGACUCUCUUCAGGUAUGAUGGACAUUACUGACAAAAGUCUACUUCCCGAUCAUUUAUAGCUUAUGUUUUUUAUAGUGGUUUAUAAUAUUUAUAGCUGAUAAGGACAUGAGCAAUCCUGUUGCAAGUAUAUCUUUUGAAACUGUUUUAGAAAAAUUAUUCUAGAUAAUUUGACUUCUCACUAAACUAAAGUGUAAGAAGACUCAAUGGCCACUGCAUGAAUAUUGUAUAAAUGAACCAAUGACUUCAUUUAAAUACACACAUAUUUUAUAUUUAUUAUGUUACAGCGAGAAAAAAUAAGUAAUGUUACCAACAGAAAUUCUUUCUAAUGAAACGUAUGUCUGAUGAUGAUUACAGAUGAAUCACAAUUAGCAGCUGUCCCCUUUCCCGGUUAUAUACCCAUUUCAUUAUUCCUCCCUCCCCCCCCCAAAAAAACAACAACUCCUAACUUGUUUCCUUUUAUGGUGUAAUAUGCUGUAUAGCAGGGGUCCUCAAACACCGCCCCCCCCCCCCAGAUGCUGCUGAACUACAACUCCCAUGAUUCUUUGAAUUACAUAGCCAGAGAAUCAUGGGAGUUGUAGUUUAGCAACACCUGGGGGGGCCGGAGUUUGAGGACCCCUGCUGUAUAGCUAUGGUCAGCAGAUACUUUACUUAGCACUGUCUAUGAUUUCUCACCACGGUUAAGUGACACGUGUAACCUUGUAGAAUAAUGUGUAUAUGUGUGUGUGUGUGUGUGUGUGUGUGUGUGUGUAUAUAAUUAUUAAUAAAAUCCCACAGCUUGGCACUUUACUUCCUUGAACAAAUAAUAAGUAACUUGCCUGGCUGCUACCCGUGUGAAUCUAUAACCAAAAGAUGCUCCGGGUGUACUCACAGGACUUUCUAGUGAUACUUAAAUUUAGUGAAAAAAAAAAUAUUCAGUUACAUCUGCAAAAAGAUCAACGUUUUGACCCUGGUGGGUCUUUUGCAAGAUGUAACCGAAUAUUCUUUUUCACUAAAUUAAAGUAUCCCUAGAAAGUCCUGUGAGUACACCCUGAGCAUCUUUUGGGUGGAUAUAUGGAGAUAGAUAGAUAUCUCUUACAGCUAUAUGUAUAAUGUACAUUAAAUAAGAGUAGUCCAUAUUCCACAUCAUAUAGUUCUGAAACAAAGAAUGCCAUAGCCACCAUGUUUUCCAGGUCACUUAUCACUUACACAAAUUGAUGGAAAACCUAUGGAAAGUGCUGCCCUGUAGAAGUCAAAUGUUGCAGGUAGUAAAUCAGGUGAUAGUUCAACUGGGAUUCCUGACGCAUAUCAAUUCUACAUAUUUCUUGACAUUUUCAUGUCCUGCCCGUCAGUGAAUAUGAUGAAAUAAAAGUUAUGUCCAGGAAAAAAAACAUGGUGAACAUGUGAAACUGAUUCAAAUCUUUCAUUUUAACCAAUCUCCUCGAAUUAUGAUUUUGUAAUUGCCUACCCGUUUCUGUACUCAUUGAGAAAUAACAAAUAUAUAAAUAUAUUCACACACUUCCAAAAAAAACAAUACAAACUUCAUGUGGGAAGCUCCAAAGGCCUUCCUUUUGUUAUAUUUAUUUAUUAUUUUACUUAUUAUUUUUUCUAUUUUCCUGAAAGUAAUUACAUUCCCUCUUUUGAACUUAUUUCUAAUGACCCGGUUCCACAGGCUGGUUUUAAUGGCCAUUCUGACACAUAUACCUUUUUAGAAAAAUAUUUAUUUUUAUACCAAGAUGGAAAACAAAAAAGAGUAAAUGUGAAAUUAUUUUGUAGGUGCAUUCCCGAGGGCUAAAGCUGGGCAUUUACAGUGACAUGGGUAACUAUACGUGCGGUGGCUACCCUGGAACUACUCUGGAUACUAUCAAGAUUGAUGCCGACACAUUUGCUUCAUGGGAAGUUGACAUGUUGAAAUUCGAUGGAUGUUACUCAAAUGACACAGAAAAAGCAAUAGGUCUGCUAUCAUUUACGGUUGACUUUUAAUUUUGCGUGAAGAUUUAACUGAAUUCAAAAAAAUAAAUUGUUUUUUUCAUUUAUUAAUUUUUGUUUUAUUUUGUGUUAAACCGUGUAUUGAACAAUCCAUACCUCACAGUUUAAAAAAAAAAAAAAAAAAAUGUAAAUUUUUAAAAUUAAAUUUGUUUUUAAAACUUUUUUAUUUUUUAUGGAGGACUGCUCGAAGCCAAUCAGCGGCACCUGUCUGUGCUGUCUCCAGCUCAAUUUCAGGCGGCAGGGGACCGCAGAGAACAGCGUUGCAGAGCCGUUCCUGAACUGUUUAACCAUUACAGGCAAGGAAGCACCAGGCACUUCCUGGCACCAGAACAACUUCAUUUCAAUUAAGUUGUUAUGGUGCUCUUUGUGUUCCUUUAAUACUAUCAGCUUUAUAUCUUUUGACUUUGUAUAAUAUUAAAAUCUAUGGUCGUGUUUUGUUUUUUGGGGGCGGCGGAGGUAGCGCUGGACUGAAUUUUUUUAUUUUUUUUAUUUCAUGCACUAGUGGGUAAUUGGUUUAUAAACCUAUGUUUAAUUAACUGUUGGGUCGUGAUCAUUUCUAAAUGUGGUUUCUACUUUGUACUUUAGGCUAUCCUAAAAUGAGUUCUGCUUUAAAUGCAACAGGAAGACCAAUCUUGUACUCCUGUAGUUGGCCGGCUUAUGAAGGAGGUCUCCCACCUAAGGUAAUCUUUAUUACAACUAUCAUGAUUAUCUCAUUAUACAGGGAGUGCAGAAUUAUUAGGCAAAUGAGUAUUUUGACCACAUCAUCCUCUUUAUGCAUGUUGUCUUACUCCAAGCUGUAUAGGCUCGAAAGCCUACUACCAAUUAAGCAUAUUAGGUGAUGUGCAUCUCUGUAAUGAGAAGGGGUGUGGUCUAAUGACAUCAACACCCUAUAUCAGGUGUGCAUAAUUAUUAGGCAACUUCCUUUCCUUUGGCAAAAUGGGUCAAAAGAAGGACUUGACAGGCUCAGAAAAGUCAAAAAUAGUGAGAUAUCUUGCAGAGGGAUGCAGCACUCUUAAAAUUGCAAAGCUUCUGAAGCGUGAUCAUCGAACAAUCAAGCGUUUCAUUCAAAAUAGUCAACAGGGUCGCAAGAAGCGUGUGGAAAAACCAAGGCGCAAAAUAACUGCCCAUGAACUGAGAAAAGUCAAGCGUGCAGCUGCCACGAUGCCACUUGCCACCAGUUUGGCCAUAUUUCAGAGCUGCAACAUCACUGGAGUGCCCAAAAGCACAAGGUGUGCAAUACUCAGAGACAUGGCCAAGGUAAGAAAGGCUGAAAGACGACCACCACUGAACAAGACACACAAGCUGAAACGUCAAGACUGGGCCAAGAAAUAUCUCAAGACUGAUUUUUCUAAGGUUUUAUGGACUGAUGAAAUGAGAGUGAGUCUUGAUGGGCCAGAUGGAUGGGCCCGUGGCUGGAUUGGUAAAGGGCAGAGAGCUCCAGUCCGACUCAGACGCCAGCAAGGUGGAGGUGGAGUACUGGUUUGGGCUGGUAUCAUCAAAGAUGAGCUUGUGGGGCCUUUUCGGGUUGAGGAUGGAGUCAAGCUCAACUCCCAGUCCUACUGCCAGUUCCUGGAAGACACCUUCUUCAAGCAGUGGUACAGGAAGAAGUCUGCAUCCUUCAAGAAAAACAUGAUUUUCAUGCAGGACAAUGCUCCAUCACACGCGUCCAAGUACUCCACAGCGUGGCUGGCAAGAAAGGGUAUAAAAGAAGAAAAUCUAAUGACAUGGCCUCCUUGUUCACCUGAUCUGAACCCCAUUGAGAACCUGUGGUCCAUCAUCAAAUGUGAGAUUUACAAGGAGGGAAAACAGUACACCUCUCUGAACAGUGUCUGGGAGGCUGUGGUUGCUGCUGCACGCAAUGUUGAUGGUGAACAGAUCAAAACACUGACAGAAUCCAUGGAUGGCAGGCUUUUGAGUGUCCUUGCAAAGAAAGGUGGCUAUAUUGGUCACUGAUUUGUUUUUGUUUUGUUUUUGAAUGUCAGAAAUGUAUAUUUGUGAAUGUUGAGAUGUUAUAUUGGUUUCACUGGUAAUAAUAAAUAAUUGAAAUGGGUAUAUAUUUGUUUUUGUUAAGUUGCCUAAUAAUUAUGCACAGUAAUAGUCACCUGCACACACAGAUAUCCCCCUAACAUAGCUAAAACUAAAAACAAACUAAAAACUACUUCCAAAAAUAUUCAGCUUUGAUAUUAAUGAGUUUUUUGGGUUCAUUGAGAACAUGGUUGUUGUUCAAUAAUAAAAUUAAUCCUCAAAAAUACAACUUACCUAAUAAUUCUGCACUCCCUGUAGAUGCAUUAAAAUAUAUAGCUUUGAUGUACACUUUCUGAACAGAGGUGAAUAAGACUCAGCAGGUAAAUCCCAGGUGAAGCAAUUUGUUUUGGUGUGGAUUAUUAUUAGCAAUAAUCAGCAUGGUUUUAUGAAACAUAGGUCAUGUCAAACUAACCUAAUUGCAUUCUACGAAGAAGUAAGUAGAAGUAUAGAUCAGGGUGUUGCAGUGGAUGUGAUCUACUUGGACUUUGCCAAGGCAUUUGAUACGGUUCCUCACAAUAGGUUAGUCUUCAAACUAAAAGAAAUUGGUCUAGAUGAAUAUUCCUGUUCUUGGGUAGAACAUUGGCUUAAGGACAGAGUACAACGAGUUGUAAUUAAUGGUAAAUUUUCAGGCUGGACAAAAGUGGUAAGUGGUGUCCCUCAGGGUUCUGUUUUGGGACCACUUCUAUUUAACAUAUUUAUAAAUGAUCUUGAAAUAGGCAUUGAAAGCCAUGUAUCAGUGUUUGCAGAUGACACAAAACUUUGUAAAGUAAUAAAAUGUGAGCAGGAUAUUGCUUUGCUGCAGAGAGAUUUGGAUAGAUUGGGGGACUGGGCACUAAAAUGGCAGAUGAAAUUUAACGUAGAGAAAUGCAAAGUUAUGCACUUCGGGGUUAAGAAUGCACAAGCAACUUACACACUAAAUGGUAGUGAAUUAGGGAUAACCACACACGAGAAGGAUUUGGGAAUUGUUAUAGACAACAAAUUAGGCAGCAAUAUGCAAUGUCAAUCUGCAGUUGCUAAGGCCAGUAAGAUUUUGUCAUGUAUAAAUAGGGGCAUAAAUUCUCGGGAUGAAAAUAUAAUUUUGCCUCUUUAUAAAUCGCUGGUAAGACCACACCUUGAAUAUGCUGUGCAAUUUUGGGCGCCUGUUCUAAAGAAGGAUAUCAUGGCACUGGAGAGGGUCCAGAGACGAGCUACAAAAUUGAUAAAAGGAAUGGAGCAUUUUAGUUAUGAAGAAAGGUUAAAAAAUUAAAUCUGUUUAGUUUGGAAAAACGGCGCCUGAGAGGGAUAUGAUAACUUUAUACAAAUAUAUUCGGGGCCAGUACAAACCUUUAUCUGGAAAUCUAUUCAUAAACAGGGUUAUACAUAGGACACGAGGUCACACAUUUAGGCUGGAAGAAAGGAGAUUUCAUCUAAGGCAAAGAAAAGGAGACAUCUGACUGCUAUUUUGGGGUCAAGAAGGAAUUUUUUCCUAGUUUGUGGCAAAAUUGGAAGUACUUCAGACCAGGUUUUUUGCCUUCUUUUGGAUCAACAGCAACAACAUUUCUGAGGAAGGCUGAACUUGAUGGACGCAAGUCUCUUUUCAGCUAUGUAACUAUGUAACUAUGGAUUAAAAUGAAUUCAAUUGGGAAGAAUUGCCAGAAACACAUUUUGCACAAGUCUAAUAUAUAAUGUAUCAACUUGUUGGCAGCUACUGAUGAUCCAUUCAUAAUGUUGGGAUAAUUACACUAUUGUGAUGCUUUUUCACAACACUUCUCUAGCUUAUAUUAAACACUUCUUUAAAUAAUCAUAAUCCUUCUGAAGAUAAGUUAACUAUUAAUUGGACCCUAUUGUCACCAAAACAACAUUGGCAACAAAGCAGUUUUGGUAUAUAGAUCAUACCUCUGAAGACUCACUGCUCAAUUCACUGCGAUUUAGGAGUUAAAUGUUUCUGUUUAUGAAGCCCUAGUCACAUCACCCCGGCUUGUGACUCGUACAGCCUGCAUAAAGAAAAUGGUUUUAUUUUCAAUCAGACGUAACUUUUUUUUAUUAUUUAAAUUUUUUUUUUUUUUUUUUUAUCUCCUGCUCUGUAAAUGUAAACUUUAAUCACACACAGGACGUUCCUGUGAGGUCUAGCAAGCAAUUAACAGAGCAGGAUAUAAGAAAUUUAAAUUAAACUUAAUUUGCAAUAAAGGAAGUGUAAACCUUAGAUGACUCUCUUUACAGCAAGUGUUUAUGAAGGCUGUGCAAGUCACAUGCAGAGAGGUGUGACUAAGGCUGCAUAAACAGUCAUUUAACUCCUAAAUGGCAGAGAAUUAAGCAGUGAGACUGCAGGGGCAUGAUCUAUAAUUAGAAUUUGCACACAAUUUCGUGAUCAAUGCCAGAAUGGUAGUCAGGUCUCUCCUUGGAUCAAUAAGCUGUUAGCCCACAUUGUGACGAGACCAAUCUCGCCACUGUGCAUUGGAGGACCCUGGUUGCCCGCCUGCUGCCUUUAGACUAUGGCCCCAUGUUGAAACGCUUGAUUUUCCCCUGCAAAGACACGAAAGCCGGGUCAUUCGGUGCUGGCCCUGUUUGAGCGGUGAUACCCCAGAUAGCUAUGCCAUGGAGCCCAUUCGUAUAAUGAAAGACUUUGGCUCCAUGGCAAUUGAACUGUAUUUGUGUGCUCUGAGCGCCAUUCAGUAAUAAUGAGCGCUCAGACCUAAGCUAUCUGGGGAUAUGUUGAAUGUACCUGUUUUGUGCAAUGGCUGUACAGUUAUAUGUUUUGUUUUUUGCUGCCAUGUGUUAAGUGGAGUUCUGCCUCUGUCCUUGGAGAUAAUUGGAUUACUUCCCAAUUAUCUCCAGGAUAGAAGACUCUGUGGAACUGGUUUUGGGCAGAAAAGCCAUGCUUCCUUUGGUCACAAAGGACUACAAUCUAUCUUUUGAACCACUGGACCAAGUUUGAUGAUUUUGACAUAUGUUUGUAUUUGGAGUAUGCUGAUUCUGAAAAAUGUUUUAUGUGAAUGUGAUGCAUACUUUUCAAGUUAUGAAUAAUGUGGAAAAAUUGUAUUUCUCUGCUUGUUAUAAUUACAUUACACAAUGUGUAAGGUAAUUGAAUCACAGGCAGAGGGGAGGAUUUUAUGUGGGAGUGUCUGAGUGUAUUGUAUGUGUUUAUUGGUUAUGUUCCCAAACCCUGUGGGUGGUACUAAUGUGUAUAUAAGAACAAUAAACCCACAGCUCUGUCUGUUCACUGCUUGACCCUCAACAUGGAGCUUUGUCUAGUUCUUGGGGGGGUUUAUUGUAUGCUGUUCCAGUUCGACUGCUUGGAGUGUAAACCUAUUCGUAUGGGUUUUUCCUAUUUGGCUGUUUACAGCAUUCAAAUGGUUUCCUAUUCGGCGGAUUGGUGUUCUGCAGUAGCUGUGCCUGUGUCUCUGGAAGGGAAGAUCUGCUAAACGGCGGUUUAACCCUUUUAUGCCUGGGAGUGCCAUUACACACAUAUUAAAACUGAUAUUCCUGUGUAUUAUGCUUUUGCAAGUAUUCAUCCAGUUGCCGUCUAAACAUCUGUACAGACUCUGAUAAAACCACCUCUUCAGGCAGAGAAUUCCACAUCCUUAUUGUUCUUACUGCAAGAAGACAAUCUAAACAUGGCUUUGUCUCUGAAAAGGCAGUGUUUGAAUGAAAAUGCCUGAAGUGGAUGAUUAUACUCACCAGAACAACUACAUUAAGCUGUAGUUGUUCUGGUGACUAUACUGUAACUUUUUAAGUCGAUUAUUUAGAACUAGGGAUGUGCUUAGGGAAAAAUUUCAGUUCGGCAUUCCAAAAUUCGGGACUUCGGCCGUUCGGCAUUUCGGGACUUCAGCAACUUCGGGACUUUUCUUGCAGCCGCUAAGUAGAUAACUCCCUAAUUCCCAUGGUAUUAGGGAGCUAUCUACCAAAAGGCUGAAAGAUCUAAAUUGGUCUUUCAGCCAAAUUUACUAAUACUAAGUAAAAAUUACUUGGUAUUAGUAAAUUUUGUCCCUUCUCGCUAUACCGCGAGUAGGGGUAUGUCUAUUAAACAGUGAGAAAAAAAAAACAACCUAAACAAAACAUGUCAGUCUCUUCAUUUACCUGUCAGAGCACUCUGAUUGGAUGGCUUAAACCCACCAAUCAAAGUGCUCUGAGCCUAAUUGCAGGGCCCUAUAAGCCUUCCCCCGCCCCGCAGAGCUCAGUCUGCGCGGAGCCCUCCAUAGGUAGAUGGAUUUUUUUUUUUUUUUUUUUUUUUAAAGUGCGUCGGUUAUUAUGGAUUUUUAUUUGGCCUUUUUUGGGGGCUGAAAAAAGAAAGACAUCAAAUGGUAAGUUUUAUUUUUUUAUUUUACAGGUAUUUAGAUAAGGGUCCCCCAUCAUUAUUUUUCGGAUGAGGGUGGUAGGCAGGGGUUAUUUUUUUUUUUUUUGGGGGGGGGUAACCGGGCGGAGGGCUUACAUUUUUAUUCAGGGCCCCCACCCUAGGUGGCGCAUGCUGAUAUUUUUCAUUAGCAGGGCUCACAUUUUAUAAAUCUGCAUACACUAAAGAUAUGCCCUAGAGAUGUUACAAUUAAAUGUGCCAUCUUUUUGUAUUUUAUGUGCAGGUAGCUCUGUCCAUAUUUCCUUCACAUAACCCACAAUGAUCCAGUUACUUCCAGCCUCUAAAUACUUCUAUUUAGAAAUAAAAGUGGGGAAAAAAAUGGAACAAAUGUUCUGAAAUGUAUUUUAAAAUUAUUUUAUUACUUCUUAUAAAUUUUUAUUACUCAACAGGUGAACUACACUUUGCUCGGCAGUAUUUGCAACAUGUGGAGGAAUUAUGAUGAUAUUCAGGAUUCUUGGGCCAGUGUUGUUAAAAUAAUUCAAUGGUUUGCAGCCAAUCAGGAUGCAUUGCAGCCAGUUGCAGGCCCUGGCCAUUGGAAUGACCCAGACAUGGUAAGAUGGUAAUUCAUUAACCUACUAUAGAAAUUUUUAUAUAUAUAUAUAUAUAUAUAUAUAUAUAUAUAUAUAAAAUUUUAUUUAUUUUUUGGUAUAUUCUGGUUUUGUUAGACGGCUAAUUUAACAUUUAGUGGGUUAUUCAAUGUGAUGUGUUUCUUGAAAUUAAUUGUGAUGUCACUUGCUAAAUCUUUAAUAUUACUAUAUGUGUAGACACUUGUACACCCUCUGUGAACUCUAUGGUUUUACAUAUCAGGGCAUCACUAUCAUCUGUUCCUUAGCACAUCUAAAAAUUGGGUAAAUACAAUAACACAUGGCAUAUUACACAGUGUCAUGAUAUAUUUAAUAAAAAUUAAAGCUAAACUGGAGAAGACACUGACUACAUCCUUUUGCUUUCAUAAGAAUUAAGUAGCAGACAGGUGCUGUUAAUCAUAAUGCCCUUAAUUAACUGAUCAUCAGCAAGUGUGAUCAUCUUUUUAAAAAGCUGACAUUUGUAGCAGUUUGCUGGUCUGGAUCUUAGAGAAAUAAUUAUUGCUGCCCAUCAAACUGGGAAGGGUUAUAAGGCAAUUUCCAAAAAAAAUAAACUCCAUCAUUCUACAAUGUUAAAGAUUAUUCAAAAGUGAAAAAUAUUCAAGAUCGUUGCCAGUCUUCCCAGGAAUGGACGUCCCAGCAUAUUAACCCCAACGUCAGACCGUGCAAUCCUCCGAGAAAUGGCAAACAAUAAAAUGUAUUUUGCAAAAGCUGAAAUCUUAAGGACAGACUCACCCAUGGGGAUUCCCUGAAAAGCCAGUAGGGAGUCUAAAGUACAUAAAACAGCAGCUAUGGCAGUGUUCGAGAGUAGUGGCAACAGAGGAUCUAGCUGACGGACACCUCGUUCUAGGGAGAAAUAAGGUGAGUACAAUCCAUUUGUGAAUAAACCACAUCGUGGAUUGGUUUGAACAUUUGUGACAAAAUCCACAAAUCUAUGUCCAAAAUAGUUAAGUUUGAGAGUCCAAAUUAUGAGGCCAGAGAAUGCAUUUAAAUGCCUUCUCAGCAUCAAGUCUGAGAUGGGUGGGAUAGGAUAAUGGUAUAUCUGGAAAAUUAAUCUUGGCCACUAUCGCCACAGCAUGUUUGAUUCCUGUAACUGCUCCAAUUUUUUGUAUUUUUUUUUUAAUUGUCCAGGUUUAAAAAAGAAUUAGGUUGGUGGGGCAUUGCCUGACCACCGAGCCGAGAGGACGCAACUCACAUCGGCUGCUGCACACUAGUCUCAUAAAAGCCCUAACUUUUUAGCCACAUCAGCCUUACAAUCUACACCCGGAGACACCUGGGUACCCUUGUGUGCAAGCGGCUACAGACGACUUCUCGUCAGCUUGUUUUCGCCGACAGACGACACUUGAGGCCUAGUCUGGGGCCCAGUAGAGGAGGUGGCUGAUCCUCCGAACCUGACCCGGCCGGGCACACCAAGAGUGCGGCCAGGGCCCUGAACCUCCCCCUGUGGUCCUGUGGGGGUUAUCCCGGACCUCACCAAGAAGGGAGUUGGGAGCAAUCUACCUGGGAACAAGUUCUAAGUCUCUAAUAUGGCACCAACAACACUUGCCCUCGUUGCGCACUCAAGAUGGCGGCUGAUCACCCACCCUAUUCUCAAAGCCUGCUUCCAAGCCACAGGCCCCAUCAAAGUACUGCCACAGAUUCCCUGCAACGCUUAGACAUCUUCCUACGCGCCUGGGAAAAACUUAUCCAGCGCGAUCAGGCAGCCCGGAACAAGCAACAAAACAAGCCAAAUACGGGUGAGCAGGGGCACGGGGAGCGAGGGGGACACACGCGGGUACAGCACCAAUAUACCCACUCACCCCCACUCUCCAUAGCCCACCUGGGUGAAGGCCACCAGUGCUAAGGCCUGGAAGCUUCUUCCACAUUGGCCACCAAGCCCUCCGGCACUCGCCAUGCGAGGAGGAAACUCAGACUCUGGAAGUCAGAGUUUGUGGCACUGAGAUGCAGGCCCCAACACCAACCUGUGGCUGGAGAGACACCCUUUCUUGCACCUGGGCAGCAGCAUCCCUCCACCAGCGGGCACCAAUGGUUUCCCAGCAGAGGGAGUCGGAUGAAAGAGACGACCACACACAUGCAACCCCAUGUGUCCGGUCACACCAUACCACCUUACAACUCAAUUGGACAUGUGGACUCACCUACCCAGGACUAUUCUACUUAAGGCUUCAAGCAACCCUCUCCCAGAGCCCCAGAUUGAAGGACAAAGCAAUCUCCAGUGUAGUCUGAUACAUGUUAAAGCUUUUUCUUACCUGCAUAAUCCACACACGUUAGACCUGUUCUAUAGCACUCGUAUAACACUACGUGUCGAGGCCAACCUCAUUGCCUCAAUUACGCCCAUGACCUGUCUCCGGCACACCUGCCCAAGCAUGCUACAUUUUAGUAGACACGUCCACAUAAUCUAUCACUUAGUUGGUAACAGAGUGCAGUUUAACACAUUAUACUAGGCUCCUGGUACAAGCAUACUCUUGCAUAUCGACCCCUUCUUGUUAUCAAACACAUCUGUUAUCGUGUUACAGUAUUACAAAAAUUGUGCAAAUGUUUAUAAUACCAUGCCACUGUUUAUUUCUUAUGUUUUUAUUCUGCUUGACAAUGCUGUUGUGGUGCUGCAAGCAUGUUUAUUAUCACACGCAGUGCAAAAAAUCCAAAAUAGUCGAUUGUAAUGUUGUCAGGGCCAUGAGAUUUUCCUUUUCUUAAGACUUUAAUUGUAGCUUAUAAUUCCUGAGCAAUUAAGGGAUUUUGCAAAAUCUCCGUAUAUUCCUCUGCUAUGUAAGACUUUUAGUAUCGUUCAAAAAUCGAUGACCUUGGGCAUGGUCAUUGGGUGAAGCUGCAUAGAGAGAUUGAAAAAAGGAACAGAAAACAUUGCUUUGAUAAUGGAGUUACUCAUUCUGUUUGAUUUAGUUUUGGGAUUAGCCAUAUCGGCCAGCAGUUUCAUGGACCUACCACCACAUCUAAAGAAAUAGUGUCUGUGGGCUGUAGUUUUCUUCAAUGUAGUUUGUAGAUUUUCUUCAAUGUAGUUUGGGUGCCUCUAGAUGAGUCCGAGGGGAGGGGUGACUAGUUAGGUGUGUAGGGAGUCUUCAAUGUGUCAUAUAGGGAAGAACCCCAAGUAGAGUUAACAUCAGUGUCAUAAGAUAAUGGUCAGAGAUGGAUAUGGCUUCUAUCUUUGCUUUAUCAAUCUUGGGUAAAAGAGAAAAGGCCAUCAAAAACCUGUUGAAACAGGACACAACAUCCUGCUGAUACAGAAGUAGGAAUUGUAUAACUGGGAAUAGUGUGUAUAGUCUCAUUCUGAACCAAGCAAAAUAUGCCAAGGGUCAUAAAGAAGGGUGGUGAUUUCCUGGUCUCUUCCUGUUAUAGUCUUUGGGAAAGUCAAUUUGUCAAAUAUGACAUUAAGGACAUUAAGUCCCCUCAAACCAGCAAUUAUUUUUUUUUUUCUUGAACAGAAGAAAUUAGAUAGAGGGAAGAGGAUGUUAUAGGAAAGGAAAGCAGGAAAGAGAGAGUAAAGUAAUAAGAGCGUUUUCCCACAUUCCAGCAUGACCAGCACCAUGGUACAGCACCACCUUGCACCUUAUGAAGUUUUUGUCUUUGCUCUCCAGCUCCCCACCCCACACCCCUCCAAUUUCUGAGUAAACUUCUGUCAGUCCAUCAACUAGACCUCUUUGCUAUCUAGAGGGCUUACGCCCCUUGGUGGAGAGGUAAAAAUGUGCUUGCAGCAUUUGAGAUUGGCAAGUAGGUAGUGUAAGAAGAAGAAAACAAAAACACAACUAAAAGUAUAUACAGUCACUGAGGUCCAUAGUGGAAGUGGAAAGUCAGCAGUGGGGCGAUUGAGAUGAGAGGCCCAAAUCAAAGGUCUAGUAAAGUAGUCAAGCACAAAUGGAAAUCAGAUGGCCCAUGGCAUUCUGAGCUGGUGGAAAAAUAGGGCCAGCUAAGAUAGUGAUGGAACAGGGAAUUUCUUUUAAUGUGGUGUGUUUGUGCGUGAUUUAUUUAUUUUUUUGUGGCGCAUCUAAUGUAAAAAUAUUAAAGUUACAAGUUAUUUUCAGUCUUGCAUUCAGUUGUGUAGUUAUAAUUCAAUGUGUAUUAUUAUUUUUAAAUGUUUUGCUUUGCAGCUCAUCACUGGUGACUAUGGGCUGAGUUAUGAACAAUCUAAAGCACAGUUGGCCAUCUGGGCCAUUAUGGCAGCACCACUUAUUAUGUCUAAUGACUUAAGGACAAUCUCCGAAGAAGCCAAGGACCUCUUACAAAAUCGUCUCCUGAUUUAUAUUAAUCAAGAUUCUCUUGGAAUUCAGGGGAGACAGGUCAUGAAGGUAUUAACUUUCAUAGAAGUUAUAUUUUUAUAUAGUAUGUUUUUAACAAGCGUAUUAAACUGUUUUGUAAAAGUCCAUGCACUUUGAUAACUAGAAGGUUAUUAACAGCGCAGGAGAUAGGAAAUUCUAAUUAAACUGUGCAAUAAAGGAAGUUUGAACAUUCAAUCUCUCUUUACAGGAAGUGUUAAAGGCUUUGCAGGGAGGUGUGACUCCUAAAUGGAGAGAAUUGAGCAAUGAGACUGCAGGGACAUGAUAUAGAUAACAUUGUUUUUGUGUCUAAUAUCCCUUUAAUAUAAUGGGAACGCCCAUGGCAAAUUCGUUUGUUUAUGCAUGAUGUGACUGACACUGUGCAAUGCAGAGUUUGGACAUGCAUGUCCUAGCGUGGUUGAGAUUCUCACACAGUAUCUCACAAAAGUGAGUACAUCCCUCACAUUUUUGUAAAUAUUUUUAUAUUUUCAUAUGACAACACUGAAGAAAUUACACUCUGCUACAAUGUAAAGUAGUAAGUGUACAGCCUAUAUAACCGUGUAAAAUUGAUGUCCCCUUAAAAUAACACAGCCAUUAUUGUCUAAACCGUUAGCAACAAAGUGAGUACACCCCUAAGUGGAAAUGUCCAAAUUGGGCCCAAAGUGCCAAUAUUUUGUGUGGCAACCAUUUUUUUUUUUCCAGCACUGCCUUAACUCUCAGAGCUUCACAGGUUGCCACUGGAGUCCUCUUCCACUCCUCCAUGUCGACAUCACAGAGCUGGUGGAUUUUAGAGACCUUGCUCUCCCCCACCUUCUGUUUGAGAAUGCCUCACAGAUGCUCAAUAUGGUUUAGGUCUGGAGACAUGCUUGGCCAGUCCAUCACUUUUACCUUCAGCUCCUUUUAGUGAGGCAGGGGUCGUCUUGGAGGUGUGUAUGGGGUCGUUUUCAUGAUGGAAUACUGCCCUGGGGCCCAGUCUCUGAAGGGAGGGGGGUCAUGCUGUGCUUUAGUAUGUCACAGUAUAUGUUGGCAUUCAUGGUUCCCUCAAUGAACUGUAGCUCCCCAGUGCCGGCAGCACUCAUGCAAGCCCAGACCAUGACACUCCCACCACCAUGCUUGACUGUAGGCAAGACACAAUUGUCUUUGUACUCCUCACCUGGUUGCCGCCACACACGCUUGACACCAUCUGAACCAAAUAAGUUUAUAUUGGUCUCAUUGGACCACAGGACAUAGUUCCACAAAUCCAUGUCCUUAGUCUGCUUGUCUUUAGUAAACUGUUUGCAGGCUUUCUUGUGCAUCAUCUUUAGAAGAGGCUUCUUUCUGGGACAACAGCCAUGCAGUCCAAUAUGUUGGCAGCUAGGGGUUUCUGCCUCUCUGUCCUAUAUUACAUAGAACCAUCUGACUUCAGAGAACACACUAUUUGGAUUCUAUCUAUACAGUGUGGGAUAUAUCCCUCUCAGGUGGAGCCUUGCAAACCCAGAGCCAGUUCUUGCCCUUAUUCCCCACUUUUACAUUUUAAAAUCCUGAUAGUCUGCACUAUAUUUUUCUAUUUUUUCAUAGUUAUUCAUUUGCAGAUUUGCUGUAAUCCGUUUUAGCUUUUUUUUUUUUUUUUUUGGUAAACAUUAUUCAUAUCUGUGUAUACUUUUUGUGUCACUGUGGUUUCGUCCAGCUAAACUGAGUUUUAUUACCUUCUUAGUGCUUACACACUGUUGGUUUUUAUCAUCUGUACAUUUUCUGCUAGCACAAUAUAGAAAUGAUUUUACUACUCUUGAGAGCAUAAUUCCCAGCAGGAAAACCUUUUAAUAAAACGAAUGUUAAGUUGAGUAAUGUAUCUAUCAGUUAACAAUUCCAUUAAAUGGAAUCGAUGAGAAAAUAUGCUAAAUAAUGUUGGAUCUGACUCUCAGACGCUGUCAAGCUUUCUCAUAAUGUGACUAUUUUCUAUAUUAAUGUUUGCAUUAUCUAAAUUUCUGUUUCAGGUCGGUUGUCUAAGUGUGUGGAAGAGACAGCUUGUGAAUGAUCAGUAUGCUGUAGCAGUGCUUAAUACAGGAGAUGAUGGGCUUCCCAGACCCUUCAGUACAAGCCUUGGUCUUCUCAACAUCACAGAGUACUCUGCAGGCUAUAAAUUGUACGAUGUUUUUAAUACAGAGUAUGUGGGGCUCUUUAAACCAAUCAGCCCAAUUAACCUGAAAAUUAAUCCAUCUGGUGUUGUUAUGCUAUUCAUUCAGCCAGCCACCGUAGCUCCUCAUAGGUCAUAUUUUGGCUUUCUCUAGCUACCUAACGCUCCAAUUAAAAUGCAUUCUUUGCGAGUGUAUGAUAUUGCUAUAUCUCACGACAUUUGCUUAAUGCAGGUAUUAAGAGGUUUUGUGCUAGAUGUGUGCCAAGCAUAUUGCAAUGCAUGGCACAUAUAUCACUGGAUUGUAAGGGGUUAAUGGUCAGAAAACUCAUAGAUGUUAUGGUAAUAUGUGCAAUUAUUACCGUGGCCUUCCACAAAGACUUGAUUCAGGGAUUACUUUACAAUAUUUUAUACUGUUUGUUCUUGGAAAAACUUGUUUUUGAUAAUGAUACUUGAAAAUCAUGUUCAUAAUACAUUUGCUAUCACUAAUUCUGUAUCUUUAAAGUUUCAAAAUCACAUAAAAAUGUUUUUUGGCCUUUUUGGAAGUUUAAGAAUGUUCACAACUGCUGUUAAUCAAACAAUGACUUCUGUUGCUCUUAGCUGUCUACUGUAGAUCACAAUGCCUUGGUGAGUCUUAAAAGCCUAGUUCAGGGUUGUCAAACUAGUGUGUGAGUGUAUGCAAUCUCAUACGGCUCUUUAGCAUUGAUAGAAAACACACAGUACAAGUUCUCAGAGUUAAGCAACAAGGAACUUCAUCAGUCGCUAAUCUUUAAUCAUUAAUGUGUGAAUUUAGCAACCCGAUAUCUGUAUGAAGGCAUCAGUGCACAACAGUAAAAAUAAUAGAAGGUGAGAAUGUGGGUAGAAUAGAUUACUUAAAAAAUGGUUGCAAGGGUUUUAAGCUAGACAACUCUGGGUUAUGUUGCUCCUAUCACAACACCAUUUGCACUAUGAAGCCUCAUGGGGUGUCUAUGCAGCCAGCCAUAUCCAGUGUAGAUAAACUUCUGUUUCCAUGCAUUCACAUGUUCACAAACUCAAACUUUAUAGACCCUAUCUGGCUAGUGUGCGGUUUGUUUGAAAUACCUGGUCUAGAUUUUACAGGCAGUUGGCUUGGUAGGUAUACAGUUAGAGUGAGAUUUUUAUUUUAUUUUAAUUGCAUUGGUUUACUCAAGGUUAAAGAUGUAUGGAAACCAAUCCAUCAAUGUAAUUGAAAUAUGGAAAAUAGUUCUAUGAUUACAUUGAAGCUGUUUGCUUCAAUCAUAGAACUAUUUUCCUUUAAGUCCUUUAACACCUACAUCCAACCACGACAUUAAGCAUUACAUAAUAUCUGCAGGUAUUAAACUGGCAAGAUCAUAUCAUGAUUUUUCGUACGUGGGUGGCCAAAAUGUAGAUCCCCAGCUAUUGUAGAACUACAGCAAAGCAGGGUUUUUUUUGGUUUUUUUUGCUAAACAAUACCUGGGAAUUAUAAGUUGGCCAUCAGUGUUUUAGCAAAUACUCAAAAUCCGUAAAACAUCAGGGAAUGCAUACCUUUCUGUCUUUCUUUGUAAAUUGCACUAAACUGACGUAUCUAUUUUUCUUUAUUAUUCUGUAUAUUUCAUUGAAAAAUACUAUAUUCUCUAGAGUUACUUAUGUGGAUUGUUGGAAUAAAAUGAUCUUCCUUUGACAUUAUCAACUAGUUACCUGCAUCCUUUAGCUGCUGUUUGCAACAGCUUGCUCUGCUUACUUUAUUUUUAUUUUAUUUUUUCUCUUCUUCAUGCAGCUUAGAUCUUGAUAUAUGGUAGAUUUUGUAUGUAUCAAAUUUCAAAAGUUCAACAGAUGUUUGGAGUCUUUAUGUGUGUAAAACAAGAAGCUAGUACUAACCAGAUUUUUUUUGUUUUUGUUUUUUUUUUAAGAGAUUUUUCAAUAUUUAUAUAUUUAGGACAGACGGUAGAUAGACAAUCAUUGUUCACAUGAUAUAAUAAAGAUGGAGCAGCUUUAAAAAAGAAUGAGAGAAAUAUAAAAGAAAACAAGAUAAAGUAACAUUGUAAAAUAUAAAAACACCCACAUUUUACCAGUGAGAAGAGGUAGGGAUAAUAGAACAGAUAAUAUAUAAUGGAUAAUGUACCAGCG